GCGUGGUGUCUGCGUGGCAGCGGACUUCAUUUUUCCGCACUAUCAAAAUCCCUCCCCACACUCGAACACAAGGAAAUAGCUGGAAAUGACGCCCAAAAAAUGGAUAAAACGCCCACGCCGUGCUCGUGUCUUCUCCCUUCUUUCACUGCUAAUCGUACUUCGUAACUAAAACAUAUUCAAUCUUUCUCACUCUCUCUUCAUGCCGAUCGCUUCAAUCUUCCUGCAUCGGACCACCAUCACCGGAAGCUUCCUCCACUACGUCUCCGCCUUCCGCCACCACCUCUCUGUUCCCGUAGCCAAACACUAUCAAAGCCCUAGCACUAACAGAGUCUCCAGGAAACCUCCACCGGACAAGAAUCUUCUCAAAGCCAAACAGGUACUCAAGAAAGAGUACUCGUCUCUCCAACCGGUCAUUUCUCCCCAAGAAGAGCCCGCUCUCUCGGAAUCCCAAGCCAUCGGCACCGUUGCUGCCGCCCAGGCCAACUUUAUGCGCGUCAUAGUCCAGUCGCUCCCCUCUGUCAAUCGUUCUUCGAGCUUUGAGAAGAAUCCAGAGCGUUCGGGAAGCUCCGAGGAGGACAGUUCAAGAGAUGGUGGUAAAAUUGGAGUGGAGUUGCUGUGCGUGGUUAGGGCGUUGCUGAAGAAGAUAAAGAGGAGGGUGCUGGUCGGGGACAAGGUGGUGGUGGGCUCCAUUGACUGGGUGGACCGGAGAGGGGCGAUCGAGAAUGUGUUUCAGAGGAGUUCGGAGAUUCUGGACCCUCCCGUGGCAAAUGUGGACCACUUACUCGUGUUUUUCUCCAUGGAGCAACCUAAGCUGGAGCCGUUCACCCUCACUAAGUUCUUGAUCGAGGCUGAGUCCUCGGGGAUUCCAUUUACCCUCGCUUUGAAUAAAUCUGAACUUGUUGAUGAAGAGACACGAAAAGUGUGGAAGUCUAGACUGCGUAGCUGGGGAUAUGAACCAGUGUUUUGCAGUGUACAAUCCGACUCUGGACUUAAUAUUCUUGCUUUUAUUUUGAGAGAUCAAACAACUGUCAUAGUGGGUCCAAGUGGAGUUGGGAAGUCAAGUCUGAUUAAUGUGCUGAGAAGCAACCACAGUCCUCGCGAUGCUACAGAAGAAGAUAAUUGGUUUGGCCAUAUUUUAGGAAGCAAGUGGUUUGAGGAUCAGCGUGUUGGGAAAGUUUCAGUUAGAAGUGGUAGAGGGAAGCAAACUACUCGAAAUGUUUCUUUACUCCCAUUAUCUGGAGGGGGUUAUCUGGCUGAUACACCUGGGUUUAAUCAGCCUAGUCUGAUGAAAGUAACAAAACAAUCUCUUGCACAAGCUUUUCCUGAGAUCCGGAAAAUGCUUAGUAAAAGGGAACCUGCCAAAUGUGCAUUCAAUGAUUGUUUGCAUCUAGGUGAACAAGGAUGCCUUGUGAAAGGUGAUUGGGAAAGAUAUCCGCUCUAUUUUCAACUUCUUGAUGAGAUCAGAAUCAGGGAGGAAUUCCAGUUGAGGAGAUAUGGAACCAAAAAAGAGGGUGAUGUAAGGUACAAGAUUGGAGAAUUGGGUGUCAAGCAAGCAGAGCCACGAUUGGAGCCUAAGAAGCACAGGAGACAGUCUCGCAAGAGGCUCAACCAAUCAAUACUAGACGAGUUAGAAGAUGAACUGGAUGAUGACGACAAUUUACUGGAUGAGGAGGAUCCCAUUUCAGGUUCGAUAAGGAAUGAGAACCAGUAGGAAGCUAACUGCCUUUUGAGUAGCACUGUAAAUAAUGAGUUUUCUUCAAUUCCACUCCACAAUGCCAUAACCGCAAACGAAAACGAAAACAGAGAAUGCCUUGUCACAGAAUGAGGAGGAUUACCUGUUCAUAAAAUGUGCGACUUCAAUUUGUUUUGUCAAGUCUUACGUUGCAAAUAUUACUGGUUUCUCUCAUGGCAGCCGAAUUCAGCCAACGUCGACCUACUAAAAGUAUUUACAAUGCUGAAUCUCCAAGAAUUUUUUUUAGCUAAAAUCAACAUCCAUUGC